CCUGCUUAAUCUCUUUACGAAAUGAAUUAAUUAUAUUUAGUCACAUCAUUUAAUCCGUUAUAAUGAACUUUAUUUUAUUGUAAUUUACUUCAUACUUAAUCGAUUUCCGUAUGAAAAAUCUAAGAGUGUUCAAACCCUUGGUUAAACUUGAAAUUCUGUAUUUAUUAUCCCUUGCUCAGCCCGUCAUUGCUCUCAAUAUCAGCGAUGCUACCGAGUUUUUCUUUAAAAUGUUUCUUUGGAAACCGUAUUCGAACCUCUGUAAGGGGUUUUUAAAAUUCAAGUGAGUCAACUUAACGAAAUUAAUAUUAUUUUGCUUGAUUGUUUGUUUUAUUGUUUGGUUCCUGUCAUUCGCAAUGACAGGUUGUGUGGCUGAAUUGUUUUUCUGGACUGUCGGAAGCAAUGUUUACAUACCUGAUAACAUCACUGGUUGUCAUGUGUACCACGAAAAAGAUGAAAGAGUCUCCAGAGCGGAACAUCCAUAUUGGCAUGAAAAACAAAUGUAUACAGAAAGUCGUGAUAUUACUUGGAGUCUACGUAACAAGAGACCGGAUAAACUUAGGGAUACUUUAAAAGAAGUGGAAAUUUUAUUAAGCCAAUACAAAUGUGUUAAGGCCAGUUGGAAAAAUAAAGUCGUCCUCCAGAUUAUUUUAAGCAAUGGAUAUGUAAUUACGUACCUUGUUAAACAAAAUGUUGCCGAUAUCGAAAAAGUACUCAUUGAUAAAUCACUUUGUGGAAAAUUGAGCGGAGAAUUCAUUUCCGAUGCUCUCCUAACCAACAGUUUUAUUAUUCUGUCAUAUCCUAAUCUCGCUAAAUUGGAUUAUGUUUACUUUCAAAAAAGAGGCAACGCGGGAGAUGUCGGGAAGAAAAUUGAGAAAGUGUCAGCUUUUGAUCCAAAAUUUGGUCAUUUUCAAAUCCCUGGACCAUCAACAAGAAGAGUAAACAGACACUUAUCUUAUUGUUCUGAUCGAAAUUUGCUCUUGGUUUGGUGUUCUAUCAAUCCCAAGGAUGGUUGUCCGUGGUCACCGCUGGUCAGUGAUUGUGAACAGGCCAAUUUGGUGUUGUUAUCAAUAAAUGGACCUCGAUUAGAAGUUAUUUCUCACGUCAAAACAGAAUAUAACCUUCUGAAUGCUACUUUGAGUCAAAAAACUCAACAAAUAAUUACGGUAGAGCUGGUCUCAAGUCGGUCAGAGGAAACAACUGUUGAAAGAGGGACAUAUGAAAUCUUAAAAACAAAGUUACAACAGAGUAGAUCUAUAUCUAUGACUUUGCCCAGUCUCUUCACCUGCCUUAGUGUCCAUCCCUCAACAAACAGACUGCUAUUUGGUUGUCAAGAUGGAACUUUAGUGAUGUUUGAUGAAACUUUUAUGACAAUGCAUUCAACCCAAGCCAGUUUAGUACCAGUAAAUAUAAAAUGGCACUCAAAUGGUGCUGUUGCGUUUGUUGUAAGUGCCUCUGGGAAUAUUCAGUUAUUUGAUCUCGCUCUUAACCACCUCAACUUCCAGUUGCUUGGUGACCAGUUUUCUUCAGAGAAAGUAUUAAAGACUGAUAUGUUUUUUAAGAAAACCGUUUUCUUUGAAGAUAUGCAAUGGAAUGAUUGUGACAAUGAUACUGAACUUUCAAGAAAUUCUCAAUUUCUUUUACUUAUAUUCAACAAAGGCCCACUAGCUGUUUUACAGUUAUACUUUGGCCUUAUGAGUCAAGAAGGUUUGUCUGUCCUUGAACUGAUCAAAGAAUAUAUAAAACACCAACAGCUUUAUGAAGCUACCAACCUGUUAUGUUCUUUACAUUGGGAAAGCGAUGGCCCAAGUUGCUAUGCAGGUAUUUCAGCUAUUGCUAAUUACCUUUUGCGACUGCCACUCAAUGCAGAAAGAGAAAGCUACCUUGAAAAGACUCUAGGUAUGUUUUAUUCUCCAGUGAAAACAUCAAUUGCUAACAUAUUAGAAUAUCGAGAUCCAAUAUGUAGACUUGCUCGACGAUUUUUUCAUUUGCUUCUCAGAUAUUCUCGGUUUGAAAAGGCUUUCUUGCUUGCUGUUGAUAUAGGGAGUGAAGAUCUGUUCAUGGACUUACAUUACACUGCUGUAGAUCACAAUGAAACGUCAUUAGCAGAAGUUUCAAAAAAGAAGGCUGAAGAAAUUCAAGAGUUAUGCAUAAAUUCUUCAGAAGAAGAAAGUUCUGAGUCAGACUAUCAUUCUGAUUACUAUCAGAAUCCUUUGCAGAGCUAUCCCAGUAACUCUGACCUUGUUGAAAAGGUGAUGCACCAUCAAAAAAUUAAGAAAUCACCUAGUCUGCAAGAACGAUGUCCAAGUCGUGUCCCAAAAUUAAGAUUAAGACAUCGUACAGAAAAUACCGACAAAGAUUCAACUGUUGAUUAUUUCCAUUCCACAACCUCUUAUCAACCCUCUGAAAACUAUCAUGAUGCAAUCGGUAAGGAAUUGGUUAAUGAAUUAAUUCAAGACUACACAGAUGCUUUACUGGACAAACCUACAAUUGAUGUUGAUGGCUCUAGUCAUGUUUUUACAUAUUUAUAGUUAUUUAACAUUAGCCAAAAUAAUUAAAAACAAAACCCUUAAGCUCCUUAAGGGAACUUCAACACAGUUGCUCAAUCUGCUAGAAAUAGCAGCUAAAUUCAUUCACAUCAUACCCUACCAUCUUAACCAUUUACCUGUCUAAAGCAUUUUCAUAAGUUUGUCCAAACCAUCCAUGCUUGUUUUCAGACUUUUGGUAAGCCCUUCUUUCAUAUGUCCUGAGUAACAUAAAGCUUUCUUUAAUAAAUUCCAUGUUGCUCUGGUGGUUGAAAAAAAUUGCCAAUGUGAAUCAUAUAUGAUGAAUGGAUGCCAGGGAAAUACACAGGACAUAUAAAGUUUUAAGAAAAAAAGGAUACAUUAGAAAAUGUAGUCCUACAUAUACAAAAAAGAUGGGAUGGUUACACCUGGAAUGCCUUUGACAGUAGAUUUGCUUAAUCAAAGCUCACCUGGGAUUAAACAACAGCUAAAACACCUGUUUCAUUACUUCAAAGUUAAGUACCAUCAGAAAAUGGUUAUUUUCUGGUGAACCACUGCUCCUUGCAUAGCAAACAGGCUCCUGCAAAGAAAGCAUACAUUUUGUUUUUCUUCCAUCUAUUUGUUUAUGUUUGGGAAAAAUGAAUAUUGAGAUAUAAAAUAUUUGAUUUUGGAUUCUUUAAAUUCUUAAUCAGUGUUUGUCAACCAUUUUCUUUUCCUGUGGUGCCUUUUUGGUUCCUGUUAUAUUCAUAUAAAUCCUCCUAGCCAUUAGAUGUUUAACAAAAUCCUAUUAUAGAUCCUUCUAGCCAUUCAAUGUUUAACAAAAUCCUAUUAUAAAAGUUGUUGUUGGCACUCCGUCGCUUACGACGUUGAGGGUUCCAGUUGAUCCGAUCAACGAAACAGCCUACUCAUGAAAUUAACGUGCAAGUGGCUGAGCACUCCACAGACACGUGUACCCUUAACAUAGUUCUCGAGGAUAUUCAGCGUGACAAGGCUGACCCAUUUGAAUUACAGGUACAACAGAAACAGGAAGUAAGAGUGAGAGAAAGUUGUGGUGGAAGAGUACAGCAGGGUUCGCCACCAUCCCCUGCCAGACCCUCGUGGAGCUUUAGGUGUUUUCGCUCAAUAAACACUCACAACGCCCUGUCUAGGAAUCGAAACCGCGAUCCUAUGACCGCGAGUCUGCUGCCCUAACCACUGGGCCAUUGCGCCUCCACAUUAUAAAAGUAUAACCAAAUUUAUUGCUCAUGAAUUUUAACAAGAUCUUAUAUGCGCCUCCAAGGGUCAUGUGGACCCCGGAUGAGAACCACAGCUGUAAAUAAAUGGCAACAUCUUUUCCUUCCAUUCUAAUGAUGCUAAGGACCAGAAAAUUAUUUUAAAGAAGAUAAAAUUCAUUAGGUGCAAACAUGGCUGUGUGAUUAAGAAGCAUACUUCAUGAUAGUGUCGUUUCAGGUUCAGUCCCAAUGCGUAGCACCUUGAGUGAGUAAUUUGUACCAUAGCCCUGGGCCAACAAAUACUUUGUGAGUAAAUUUGAUAAAUGGAAACUGUGCAGAAGCCUAUUGUGUAUGUAUGUGUGUGUAUGUCUUUAUCCUACACCCCACUUGACAACCGGUGUUGUUUCGUUUAUGUCCCCUGUAACUUAGCAGUUCAGCAACAGAGACUGAUAAAAUAAGUACCAGACUAAAGAAAAAAAAAUUAAUUGGAGUCGAUUCAUUUGGCAAAAUCUUUGAAGGCAGCAUCCUGGCUUAGUUGCAGUUUGGUAUAAAAGACAUUCAAAUGCUACCAUUCCUGUACACUAGCGUAGCUAGGGGGUGCGGUAGGGUUGGUCCACCGUGGGUGGCUCUUUCAAAGGGGCAGCACUUUUGGGUCUGUUGUAGGCAAUAUGUGUUUUUUUGUGGGGUCUGGGACAGCAAACGGAAGGGCACACUCUAGCCUGAGUGGCACACACUCUAGCUACACUAGUGUUCCUGUAUCAUAUUUAAUCUCAUUGUUGAUAAAUAGGACACUUGUACCUAAAAACGACAUAGUUUUCUGGUUGAUAACAACAUUUUGUACAUGUAAACCGCAUUCUCUUUUCCAUUUCCAUGUUAACAUACCAUCCAAAGAUUUCUUUGGAAAUGUAAAUUAUAUUUUUCUUUCCUUUCUUUUCACCUACAUCUAAUAAAAAUUAAAAAGUUGUGA